GGCGGGUUCUUCCAUCACUUCCGUCAAAAAUACAACAAACACUGUGCGCGCAGUGUGGUUCAUUCGGCUCUAAUUCAACCUAUUUUUACGUUACAUUGAAGCUGAUCUGAUCCCACAAUUCAACUGACGGCUCUUUACCAUCAGAUCCGUGGUGGGAGGUUCGGCACUCAUGGAGCCGUCCACUAAGCCUGGGACCAACCAGGUAGCUGAUGUGGUGUUCGUCAUUGAAGGGACGGCAAACCUUGGACCAUACUUUGAAUCUCUAAGGAAAAAUUACAUACUUCCAGCUAUUGAGUAUUUCAAUGGAGGGCCUCCAGCAGAAACAGAUUUUGGUGGAGAUUAUGGAGGAACACAGUAUGGGCUUGUGGUGUUUAACACAGUGGACUGUGCUCCUGAGUCGUAUGUCCAGUGUCACGCACCGACCAGCUCCGCCUACGAGUUUGUUUCAUGGAUCGACAGCAUCCAAUUCAUGGGAGGUGGAGCAGAGAGCUGUAGUCUGAUUGCAGAAGGACUCUCAGUGGCGUUACAGCUCUUUGAUGACUUUAAGAAAAUGAGGGAGCAAAUAGGUCAAACCCACAAAGUGUGUGUGCUGCUGUGUAACUCUCCUCCAUACCUGCUCCCUGCUGUGGAGAGUGUCAGCUACACCGGCUGCACAGCCGACAACUUGGUCAAAAUCAUCAGAGAUAGAGGAAUUCAUUUCUCUGUGGUGGCUCCUCGGAAACUACCUGCUCUAAGGGCUUUGUUUGAAAGGGCGUCUCCAGUAGGAGGGGCGGUUGAACCUCAUCCCGACUACAGUCAGGAUCCCUUCCACAUGGUCCUAGUCAGAGGCAUCUCGCUUCCUGUUUCCUCAGGUGGAGGACCUGGGCCGCACAAACCCGUCCUUCCUCCUCAGACGCUGCCUGCCAGUCAGCCUGUUGUGGGACCUUCGCAGCCCACUCCACCCAUUAACCCAGCCCACCCUUAUCAGAAUACGGCCCAGAUGACUGCUGCUCAGGUGGCUGCACAGAUGGUCGUGGAGGCAGCCAACAACCAGAAGAGAAGCUACCCAGCAAUGGUCUCGCAAGGUCCUGCAUUCACAGGCCAGCCAACUAUGCCGUCAGUCCCCGGGGUGAAGCCCAGCAUAUCAACCGUCACCACUGGCCCUCAACUGAUGUCGCAGCAAGUUGCUCCAAAUCAGCAGCAGCCGGUCCCACCCUCAGGACAGCCAGCACCCAAUCAGCAGCCACAGGCGCCACCUCAGCAGCAACCUACGGCAAAUCAGCCCACACCGCCAUCAGCACAGCCCAACAUGGCUGGUGCAGCUGGAGCUCAAGGCAACGCAAACCUUGCAACGCAACCACAAGCCAAUAAGAUAGUGGCAUGGACUGGCGUUCUGGAGUGGCAGGAGAAGCCUAAAGCCUCUUCUAUAGAUUCAACCACCAAACUGACGCGCUCUCUUCCUUGUCAAGUUCAUGUCAACCAAGGAGAAAAUCUAAACACAGACCAGUGGCCACAGAAGCUCAUCAUGCAGCUGAUUCCGCAGCAGUUACUGACGACCUUAGGUCACCUCUUCAGAAACUCUCGAAUGGUUCAGUUUCUCUUCACCAACAAAGACAUGGAGUCGCUGAAAGGCCUGUACCGCAUUAUGGCUAAUGGCUUUGCUGGCUGCGUCCACUUCCCCCACACUACGUCGCCGUGUGAAGUGCGCGUGCUGAUGCUGCUCUACUCAUCCAAGAAGAGAAUAUUCAUGGGCCUCAUCCCCAACGACCAGAGCGGCUUCGUCAACGGCAUCCGGCAAGUCAUCACCAACCACAAGCAGGUCCAGCAGCACAGAGCGCAGCUGGGCGGUGCAGGGGGUCCAAUGCAGCCUGGUCAGGUUCCCCAGAAUCAAAACUUCCUAAACAGGCCACCCGGUCCAAUUCCUGUUUCCCACGGCAACGUCCAGCCUCAGUCUGUGGUGGUGGGCAUGCCCCCUGUUAGUCAGGUCUCUAUGAUGGAGGACCAGCAGAGGCAGAACAACAUGAUGGCAAUGAGAGCAACGGGGCCGACCAAUCAACAACCGCCAGUCAGCGGCGCUCCACCCAACCAGGUAGCACAGAGCGGACAAGCCCCUCCCCAGGGUCAAAUACUUCGCCUCUCAAACCCAGGAGCCAAUCCACAGCUUCGCAGUCUUCUCCUCAGCCAACAGCAGCCACAGGGUCAAGUGUCUCACAUGACUGGCAUGAUGUCUCACCAAGGUUUAGGACAGCAGUUGGUCCAUCCGGCGCCAGGAGGGGGGGCUCAAAUGCAGGGCCAGUGGAGGCAGCCCAUGGCAGGUCCGAUGCUGAUGUCUGGAGGUCAGAGAGGAGCCGUUCCUCAGCCUGGGAUGCCCCAAGUCUCCAGCGUCAUGGAGGAUGAAAUCCUCAUGGAUCUUAUCUGAUUGAGCGCUGUGGACUCAGCAGCAGGGAUUUUUGUUGAAUCUUGGCAGCUAUUUGCCAAGUUUGGACACAUGCAGCCACUCUGUUGCUUUAUUGCUACAAAUGUUCAGCAUAAUUAAGAAACGAAUCAUGAGUAGUUUCGUUUUUUUUCUUUUUUUUUACGGGACUGAGCAGCUGAAGUUAAUUAGGGGCAGACAAUGCAAGCAUUAGUUCCUCAUGUAAAUGGUCAAACCGACAGCCAGCUAAUCCUCCAUGCUACACACUGGAUAGAGCCAGUGGAAACAGUCAAUUAUAUCAUGCUUCUGGAAACUCCACUCUCCUCUGAGUUUUACACUCUAUCAUCGAAAUCUAAAUUAGUCUUAUUUUUUUUCCUUUUAAUUUACUUUUUCUGUUCGUUUCUUUUUAAUUAUCCAUCAAGCUGUUUUAUGCGGAUAAAAUAAAAUUAAGAAGCGUAGAUAAUUGAAGAAGUUGUUUAUUAUUGCAGACCAGUUUUGCUGUCGAUGCGGUGCACACGGUGAUGUUGUGUGUGUGACGGGCAGCCAAAGUCUCCACACUCCUGCCCCCCUGUGUGAAAGCAGCUUGGAGUCUUAAGGUGAGAGAGAGACUGAAAUAGACACAGUAAUAGAUAGUUCAGUGUCUUUUUCUGCCAAAUAGUGUCACAGUGUUAAUUUUAACUACUCCAAUAUGUUGUGGAACCAUAGAGAGUCCCCCUUGUGCCAAGUAGUCCUACCAGAUGGCAUCAGUUGGCCAUGUUUCCAUUGGCAUAACGUACAAUCAGGCUGGCCGCAUGCGCACGUGGCACAGACUCCACAUAUAUGCCCACAGUCUGCUUUCACAACGCACCCAUGCAUGCAGUCAUGAUGCAUGCGUAUUCAACCCUGCACACCAACAAACACCAUCCUGUCGUGCACCUCAAGCUGGUGAGUCUGCUGCAGCAGGGGAACAGAAAUACAACUGAACUUUGCACCACCUCACAUGUACGUUCACGACACGUUCACCUGUCAGUUUAUGCGUCUUUUUUUGUUUGUUUUUUUGUUUUUAAAAUUGGUCACUGUGUGUACACAUACACACUCACCAACAGGAAGUGAUGUCAGUCCCUGUCACCUGGGAGACAGAGACGGUUGCUAAGAUACCGUGACAGUGGGUUCUUGUUUCUGAGCUUUUUCCUCAGCCCCGCUUUCACAUGGACUCACACAGAUAGACACUAGUCCCUCAGUGGCUGGUGUUCAUCCCUCCCAUCCCUUAAUCACUGGCCGGCCCUCGGAGCCCGGCUUAGCUCCACUUUAUCUUCCUCUCUCGCUCACUCGCUCCCCAUCUCCAUCUAUCUGCCUCUAUCUCACUAUCGAGCUAUUAGCGCCUGUCUGAGCUCAUAAGUUUUUCAGUAUCUCUUUUAUUAACAGCAGAAAUGUUCACACAUUCAUAUUACCGAACGUAGCGGUAAAUAAAACGGUCACUACACUGACCUCCGGUCAAGAUGGGGGUUUGACAAACAGCCACCAUAAAAAUUUUAACAAAUCAAUACUGUACAAAUCAAUCUUUAAGAGAUGCAUUCUAUUAAGCUUAUUAGCGUGACGCUGUUAACUGUAUAGGUCACUCAUAAGUGUAAAUCCUCUUCCACUUGGUUCGAUUUUGUUUCCACACUGCAAUACAUUGUCUUCUUGGUGAUACUGUA